AUGUUUGCCCAUCCCUGCUGAUGCCAGGCUGGCAGCAGCGAGGAGCAGGGUAUAAAAGUGGGAGGGAGGCUGAGCACAUCAGUGUGCUCCGAGAUGGCCUCGCUCACUCUGCUCACCGGCCUGGCCGUGCUGCUGAACGCCCACCUCGGCUCUGCCUAUGUGCUGACCUGUUACUUCACCAACUGGGCCCAGUACCGGCCUGGCCUGGGCAAGUUCAGCCCUGAGAACAUCGACCCCAACCUGUGCAACCACCUGAUCUACGCCUUCGCCGGCAUGAACAACAACGAGAUCAGCACGUACGAGUGGAACGACGAGACCCUCUACAGGUCCUUCAACGGCCUCAAGAGCCAGAACAAAGAUCUGAAGACCCUGCUGGCCAUUGGAGGAUGGAAUUUCGGCACGCAGAAGUUCUCCACCAUGGUCUCCACACCCCAGAACCGCCAGACCUUCAUCACGUCCGUGGUCAAAUUCCUGCGGCAGUACGGAUUCGAUGGGCUGGACCUGGACUGGGAAUACCCCGGCUCCAGGGGCAGCCCUGCCCAGGACAAGGCUCUCUUCACCGUCCUGGUUAAGGAGCUGCUGGCAGCCUUCGAGCAGGAGGCCAGAGAGACCAACCAGCCCCGGCUCAUGGUCACCGCCGCCGUGGCUGCCGGACUUUCCACCAUCCAGGCCGGCUACGAGAUCGCCGAGCUGGGCAAGUACCUGGAUUACUUCCACGUCAUGACCUACGACUUCCACGGCUCCUGGGACGGCUCCACGGGCGAGAACAGCCCCCUGUUCAGCAGGGGCAGCACCCUCAGCGUUGAAUACGCCAUGAAUUAUUGGAAGAGCAACGGUGCCCCAGCUGAGAAGCUGCUGGUGGGAUUCCCAACCUAUGGAAAGAGCUUCACCCUGCAGAACCCAUCCGACACUGCCGUUGGAGCGCCCAGCUCCGGGCCAGGCCCUGCUGGGCCUUACACCAGGGAGGCCGGAACUCUGGCUUACUACGAGAUCUGCUCUCUCCUGGGUUCUGGAGCCACCCAGGCUUGGGAUGCCCCCCAGGAUGUCCCCUACGCCUACAAGGGCAGCGAAUGGGUCGGCUACGACAACGUCAAGAGCUUCGGCCUCAAGGUGGACUGGCUGAAGAAGAACAACUUUGGAGGGGCCAUGGUGUGGGCCCUGGACAUGGAUGACUUCAGUGGGGAUUUCUGCCACGAGGGCAAAUACCCCCUGAUCUCCAGCCUGAAGAAGGGCCUGGGGCUGUGAACGUGCCGUGAGUGAGGGGAGGGACACCAAGGGCACGGUGGGCUGUGCAAGGGGGGCACCACCAACACCAUCCCUUCCCCAACGUGUCUCUCACUCACUUCCACAACAUUUUAACGCUUUAUUAAAACCUUAUUAAAAAUACAAGAGAAGACUGAAUGGAGAAAAUAUUACGUAUUAUUUAAUUAAUA